AUGGCUGCUAGCACGAUGCCGACGGCAUCAAGCACAGAGUCCCGUUUUGAUCAAGCACGCUUCAUACCCGCGGAUGCGAUCUUUGCGCUGACAGCUCAGUAUCAAGAGGAUUUGUCUCCGCAAAAAGUGAACCUGGGACAAGGAACUUAUCGCGACGCCGACGGACGACCGUGGGUUCUCCCCUCCGUCAAGAAAGCCCGCGAGAGUCUCUUCGAACAAGGGUUGAACCAUGAAUACCUUCCCAUUGUGGGCCUUUUGAAGUUUCAGCAGGCGACAGCUAGGCUUGUCUUGGGUGCAGAGCUUUCAGCGGAACUCGGAAAUAAGGUAGCAACAUGUCAGAGCCUAUCGGGCACUGGCGCAUUACAUCUUGCCGGUCUCUUAUUGAGGGCUUGUCAGAAAAGCCCCCCGAAGGUGUACAUACCGGAGCCUACGUGGUCCAACCAUCAUCAGGUGUUUGGCUCUCUAGGAUUCCCCUGUGAAAGUUUCAAGUACUAUGACCAUGAAAGAAACGACAUGGAUAUUGAAUCAUACUACUCCACACUAGAGCGGGCAGAGCCAAACUCCGUGGUCAUUCUCCACGCCUGUGCCCACAAUCCGACUGGCCUUGAUCCGAGUGAAGAACAUUGGCGCCAAAUCGCGCAUCUUAUGAAGGCAAGAAAUCUAUUCCCGCUUUUCGAUGCGGCGUAUUUGGGAUUCAACUCUGGAAAUCUCGACGAGGAUGCGUUUGCAAUUCGUCUUUUCAUCGGGGAAAUGAACAUGGAGGCCGGGAUUUGUGUGUCCUUUGCAAAGAACAUGGGACUCUACGGCGAGAGAGUCGGGUGCUUUCUUCUUGCCAAUAAAUCGAAGCAGAUAGCCGUGAACACCCAGUCUAUGCUUGAGAUGCUGCAACGAUCCGAAGUGUCGAACCCACCGGCUUUCGGAGCAAGGAUUGCAAGCCAGAUUCUAGGACGGGAUGAUUUGAAGAAGAUGUGGUACGCUGACAUGAUCACUAUGAGUGACCGAAUCCGGUCGAUGAGGAACGCUCUCUACGACCAUUUAGUCUCUCUCGGGGCCCCUGGUGCUUGGGAGCAUUUGAUUCGACAAUCCGGGAUGUUUGGAUUCUUGGGCUUGUCCCUCGAGAUUGUUCUGAGACUGAGAGGUCUGUCUUCAAUUAUUAUACUGACAUGGCGCGUGAAAGAAAAAUAUCAUAUUUAUAUGGCGGAUAAUUCUCGAAUUUCGAUCGCAGGCCUGAACGAGGGAAAUGUGGAAUAUGUUGCUCGCUCGAUUGCCCAGUGCCUGCAGGAUGUAAAGAAGUGA